AAGUUAUAUAAGUUUUAAGCAACGUGUUUAUUUCACCUUUUGCAAUUGAUUAUCCGGUGUUAAAACAGUAAAAAUAUAAAGUAUAUACACCAAUUGAAUUUCACUGCGUAAAACAAUGGUGACGUUGCCAUUGACAACUGGAACAGUCUACUGACACGCCCUCAAUCACAUGACAAGGAAAUCCAAACGCGCGCAGCUUAGAUACACAAACAACGGAAGAUUUGUUAUACUAGUGGUGUAAAAGUAUUGAAUAUUGUCUCAAAGACUUUUAGGCCUCGGUACGUUUUGUUCGAUAUAUUACGCUGUGGUUUAUGACGUCUAUAUGCAUUAGGUCUGAGCUUAUAUAAUGCAAAAUAACGCCAGACAAUCAGAGUUACGACCGCGAACAAGUGCUGUCAGAAGUGGCUCCAGUACCAAACAAACUCGGACAGCUCAAACCAGAAAAGUUCCCUACAGAGUUGGAUAUAACUGGAACAAAGGUGGAAGACUAAAGGAGAUUAGAAUAAGACACUUGGCAAGGAAGUUCCUGAAGAUAUGGAUAGAAAAUACCUUCGGCCGGAUUCUUCCUCACAAAGCCAAAUCCCACUAUAACAGAGCGACCCUUAGACGAGCCUUUGAAGGAUGGAGGGAUGAAUGGUGGACAUCAAGACGAGAGUGGAGUCUUACAAUGCGGGCAGAAUGUCACCACCGGUAUUAUCUGUAUCACUGGACAUUCCACACCUGGAGAAAGUUUGUGUCUUUGCAGAGGGAAAAGAAGACAAAAAUUCAAACUGCAAAAUCAUUUGCUGAUAGACAACUAAUGCACCUUGUCUGGGAGAAGUGGGGGUUUUUCGUGGAUAUGAGGAAAAUAAAGCGUGGAAUGGUUGAAACGGCUCUCCAGCAUAACAGACUUGCAACACUGAAUUCAGCAUGGAGCUUGUGGCAGAUCAGGCUGCAGCAUCUUCAAGAACUUCACACUUUAGAGGACAAAGCCCUUAAACACAAGGCACUGAUAUUACAGCACAAGGUUUGGCUUCAGUGGAAAGAAAAGCACACAGCCGCAUGUCACCAUAGAGAGAAUGAAUCUAAGGCUUCACUCCACUUCAUCAUCAGGCUGAAAAGAAAAGCACUGCAUCAUUGGAUAAGCUAUGUCUCUUAUCGCCACAACAAGACCAAGUCAAAAGCUGUGGCUCAGCAUGCCUGUUGUCUCAGGCUGAUGAGAAUGUGUUGGAGUACAUGGAACAGUGCACUACACUACAAAUGGAGCGAGGAGGUGCGCUUGGAGUCUGCAGGGCAUUUCGCCAUUUGGAGCACUCAGCGCAGAGUGCUAGAGCGCUGGAGGGCUUAUGUUAUGCUGUGCAGAGAAAAAGCUGAAAGAAACCAGAGAGCAUGUGAGCAUCAUAAGCAUCAUUUACUGUCUGUUGGAUUGCGUGGGUUGUCCCUAAACGCCAACUUAAACAAAGCACAUCGACUUCACAACAACAUGGCUCUCCAACAUUGCAGUCAAACAAUUACCGGAAAAUAUUGGAGGCUGUGGCAGGAGCGUCUGGAAGAGGCAGAGGACAAGAAUUUUCAACACCUAACUGAAAGGGCACUGAAUCUCUAUCGCACUUCAAUUUCAAACAAGUAUUUUCAUCACUGGAGGCAGAAACUUGCUGAACUGACACACAUGCAGGAAUUGGAGCAUUGUGCAGACAUUUGUUUUGCAGAGCGUAUGUUGCCUCGCUGUUUCAAAUCAUGGUGUGAGUUUACUCUGCAGAGAAGACAUCAAAAACAGAGGAAACACAAGGCAGAUGUCUAUAAUCAGCAGCGUCAAUACACUUGGAUAUUUUAUACCUGGUGGGGACAGUCAGAGAAACACAAAGAGCAGAAACUUGCUGAGCGAAUGGCAGUUCUUCAUGAAGAGCGGAGUCAUAUGCAGAAAGCCUGGGCCUGUUGGAGGAAACGGACGGAACAGAGGAUCUGUGAGGAGGAGAAACAGAACGCUUCAGACCGUCUGUACCUGCACAGACUUCUUCACAAGACAGUGACACAGUGGAAGGACAACAGCACAGAGAUAAGAGACAGGAGAAACAGAGAGAUACUGGCAUGUCAUCAGGGUGACCUGACCUGCAUGAGAUGGGCCCUGGAAAAAUGGAAGAAGUUUGUUCAGAAACAGAGAGUGAAGAAAAGCAGGUUACAGCAGAUGCAGCGGUACCAUGAAGUGAAGCUUCUUAAAUGCACCUUUGAUGCCUGGAAGAAACACCACCUACAGAUGUUUCACAUCUGUGCUCAAGCAGAGGAACUUUACAAGCAGCAAAAAAAGGGCUUUCAAAGGAGAGUCCUGUCUGUGUGGAAGGAGAAUGCAUCUCUACAGGCAGAGUUUAGAGUGAUGGAGCAUCAAGCACAGGAUCAUUUUCAACACUUCCUUCAACUGAAGGUAUUUGUAGCUUGGAGAGAAGUAACCUCACGCUCAAUGACAAAGCGCCACCAGCAGAGGGAGGCAGUCAGCAGGCUACAGCUGUCCAUAAAUCGAGUUCGGCUGCUGCAGUUUUUCUAUCAGUGGAGGAAGCAAACAAGAGAAGUUUGGAGAGAGAGGCAGUGCAUGGAAAAAGCCAAAAGGCAUCAUGAAGCCAAAAUCCUGUCUAAAGCACUGACAGCAUGGAACAAACAUCACCAGCAAUGGCAGAAAUAUAAGGUGAUGAAACGACAAGGAAUGUUGUUGCAGAGAUUAAGGGUGUGCCAGACCUUCUUUGAUCAGUGGAAGAUUAAGCUGCAGCACAGACGGAGAGAAGUUAAGCAGACAGAACGAGCACUCUGGCAUUGGUCCCUCACUCUUCAGGCCAAGGUAUUGUUUGGGUGGAGGCUGUGGGUCACAGAGCAGCGUAGGAAGCAAGAGGAGGUGGUCAGAGCGGCACAGAUCUACAGAGACCAGCUGCUGAGGGAGGGGGUGACGUCCAUACUCACAUAUGCUGCUCACAUGAACAGCCUCACGACAAGUCUGACACUGUACAGCCAGGAGCAACAGAGGUCACGCCGUCUUCAAAGAGUGGUUCGUCGCUGUGCAAUGAGAUGGAAGCAGCGGGUUCUGUGUAAACCAGGUAGAAAGCCAGAGGUCAAAGGGCAACCACCAAAAAAGAGUGUGACCUUCUGUUUGCAUGAAACUCAGAGAGAUUCUGUGACCAACUCAGAGGAGCAGGAGGCUGAGGGUGGACUGUUUAGCAAAAUACGUAAACCACGAACUCCGCCACGACACCGUGUGGAACUGUUCGAGUUCCCACCAACACUGGAACCACAUGAAGGCUUCCAAAAGCAUUUCUCUCCAACCAGCACUGCAGCCGCUCCAAAACCACCAGACUGUGUCACACAUGUGUCACAUAGUGAACCUCUCAUGUCCACUGUGGACUCACCUCAGGGAACUCAAAACCAGGACCUCCUUUUACCACCUUCUGCCUUUAUGACCACAUUAUGGACGACCACUUGCUCAGCUCCUGGACACCCACCACUUGUCCCUUCCUGUCAGUUUGUGCCUCCAUUCAAACUUCACUCAUCACAUUAUCCAGAUGUGCAUCUGAAAACAUUCAGUGAAAUAUCUGAGGAUGCGACUUUAGAUGUUUCAGUAACUGAUCCAGCGUCAGCUCUGACUAAUGAAAUGCUGAGCAUUCAACAGGACAUGAAGAGCUACCAAGAGGACAGGAGACAGCUCCGGGCAUGGCAAAAACUCAAAGAUGUAUUACAAACAUGGCUACAGACCAGUGGAAAAGAUGAUGAGACUGAAAAAAAUACUGUCUCUCAGGAACUGGAGGAGCUGAAAGAGCGCAUCGACCGGCUCUCUACUGAACUUGCAAAACAGAAGCCAGUGAUGCUUCUACACGCACAAAGGAUUGAGCAUUUACAAGCCUGCCUCCAUGCCACAGGAGUUUCUUCUUUGCUUCAAGCAGAAGAGAUGAAAACAAAUUGCUCUGUGUUUACGACAUGAAGGGAAGUGACGCAGUACGUCAUACACUUCAUAAGUGAUUACACCUGCUGUUGUUUUGACAGUAAUGGCUGAGAUCACUUGUCUUAAAGUAAAUUAAAGACUCACCCGAGAA